AUGCCAACUGUGAACAGAUUCAGAAACCAAAUCUGUAUAGUCUCUGCAGAAAGUAAAACCGCCUUUUUGAUAGCUGAAAGAAUAGGCCAAGAAGGCAGAAAAAUUGUUAUAAAUUCAAAAAAUGUGUGGGAAACUAAAAAAGCUAUUAAUAAUAAAGAAAAGGAAUUACAGUGGAAUGCUGCAGAUAUAAUAUUAAAAAUGAAUCACAACAUUUAA